CUGCGCUCUACUCUGAAAUGGAGGCGUGGAUGUGACGCAGGCGCAGUAGCUUCACAACUAUCCAGUCCCGUCCUCAAGCGCAGACAUCAACAAGAGAGCGGGUUUACUGAUGCGGGUUCGUUUUCCCAACACUAGCUCCGCCGCGACGCUCUUCAGGGACACUCGCUUUGUGUCAGCUCCACCAAACUUCCAACAAGAUGUUUGGCUUUCAUAAGCCCAAAAUGUACCGGAGUUUGGACGGCUGCUGCAUCUGUCGGGCCAAGUCCUCCAGCUCCCGUUUCACAGACAGCAAGCGGUACGAGAAGGACUUCAGGAGCUGUUUUGGGUUGAGUGAAACAAGAUCAGGAGAAAUCUGUAAUGCCUGCGUCCUCCUUGUGAAGCGAUGGAAAAAGCUUCCGGUGGGAACCAAGAAAAACUGGAACCAUGUUGUUGAUGCCAGAGGAGGCCCCAGCCUAAAGAUAACAUCCAGGCCCAAGAAAAUCAAAGCCAUCUCCAAGAAAGCUCGGCCGAGCCAGAUCAGCAGGCUGCAGAAGGAGCUGAAGAGAAACAACUCAGAUGCCCACAGCACAACCUCCAGUGCCUCUCCAGCUCAGUCUCCCAGCUACAGCAACCUGUCCGACGACGGCUCCGACACCGAGCUGAGCCCCGGGUCCAGCCGCUCCCCGGUCUUCUCCUUCCUGGACCUCACUUACUGGAAGAGGCAAAAGGUGUGCUGUGGAAUAAUAUACAAGGGCCGCUUCGGGGAGGUGCUCAUCGACCCCCAUUUGUUCAAACCCUGCUGCCGCAAUAAGCAGCGACAGCAGCAGCAGCAGCAGCAACAAGAGGAGGAGGAAGAGGAGGAGGAGGAAGAGGAGGAGGAGGAAGAGGUCGAAGUAGAGGAGGGUCAAGUGGGGGUGGAUAAAUCCCACGUGGAGGAAGAGGUGGUUAAGGAGACGCCUAUGGGUGGGGAAAAUGCAGAAUCUGCUGAGCUACGUGUGACAGCACCUCCAGCCAGGAGCGGGGAGGUGAUGGAGGAAGGCUGGUGAGGCAAAGAACCCAUUUUUUCCUCCUUCAUCUGGUAACGUUCUGGAGAAAUCUCGGGAUGGAUUUGGUUUGAAAGUAUUUCUUUUCAUUAUUUCUCUCCCCCCGAGCACUUGCAGAAAGUAGUUGCCUCAGAUUGCCUUCAGUCAAAAGCAGCUAUAACAUCUUUGGUUUUCUCCAUGAUAAUGCUGGAGGAUUGUUCAUUGUUAUGGUCGAACGGUAACUUAUGGACUUCUAUGUUCUUUCUGUAUUUUUUCUGUUGUUGUAUUUGAUAUUUUUAACCAUGCUGAUGAUGGACCAUCAUCUGUGGUGUUACUGAUCUACUUUAGAUGAAAUGCUGGACCUCUAGUUUGCUGGUACAUUUUGCAGAUUUUAUUCCAAAACGCAAUACAUCCACUUCUUCACAGAAAAAAAAGGGUGCUACUUGAAAUUCAUAACUCAAUAUUUCGAACAUCUAAACCCAUUCUCACUGUGGAUAUCUUCUAAGCUACUUAUACCUGAUACAGGUGCAUCUCAACGAGCUAGAAUAUCAGCAAAAAGCUCAUUUAUUUCUGCAGAUGAAUUCAGAAUAUUAUUAUUUUAAUUUUUAAGAUUAUGUCUUUCAGAUUAUGAGAACUUACAAUUUAGAUUUGCAAAAAAAUCAAAUAUUUCAUAAGACCAAUAAAAACUUAUGUAUGUAGAGUAUUUGCACUCAGUAUCUAGUUGGAGUUCCUCUUCCUUAAAUUACUGCAUUAAUGUAUCUUUUUUUUUUCUCUCUCUCUCUCUUUUUCUCUUUUUUUCUAGGCACCUUAAUUUUUUAAAUCUAAAAUCAACUUUUGUUGAAUUUAGAUUUAAAAUCAACAAAUGUGAACAGUCUGUGAACAGACUAGUCUGAAGAAACGUACAAUUCUCUCAAUGCUGCAGUUAUUACUAUUUUAUAAUUUUCAACUACACUUUUUUCUUCCACUAAACUUUUAAUUGGUAUUUCUUUAGUAAAGACUCUUGGUGAUUUGCCUACCUCAUGUGGGAACUCUAACUAUCUGCUGGAUAGUUGUUUAGUCAGCAGUUUUAGGAUUGUGCAUGCCAAAGCACAACAUUUCUCUGUUUACCGUCCAGGCUUUAUUUAUUGGUCUUAUGAGAUUUUGGGAUUUUUUUGAGAGACAUAAUUUUGGGUUUUCAUUUUCUGCAAGCCAUAAAGAAAUAUAUGGAAUCAAACAACAUAUAAGUUUUCCUUUUUGAACUGAAUUACAAAAAUAAAUGAGCUUUUUGAUUAUAUUAUAAUUAUGAAGCUACACCUGGAUAGUGAUAGUCUUUAAUUUAUAAAAAGUAUACCUUCCUGUCUUUAUUUUUGGAAGUUGCUUUGGAGCGAUCGAUACUUUACACUGACACAGCACAGACAUGUACAGCGGCCCCUGUGUUUCUCUGUCUUUUCACGAUAUCCCCUCCUAUCAGAGGUUUUUCUGUGUGUAUUUGUUAGAACGUCUGUGUGCAAAUGUUAAUCCAUUUAAAUAAGGCCUAUUCACAAUCUCAACAGCAAGUACACCAGCCUUAAUUGUGUGUCACAGACAGUGCUAGUGUUAAUCCUGGAUUGGUAUUAAGGAAUAAAACAAAAAGGGAAAGUAGCUAUAUUUAUUGUGGCCUCAGCAACACACAGUGCAUUCUGCAUGAAUGGCAAGCUCACUCACCCAAGAGACCUGAAAUACCCUGAUGCAUGAGUCUUGGAAAUUUUAGCAUGGCCUUACAGAAACUGUAUAUCUUGCUUUUUUUUGUUUUGUUUCUUUUUUGAUCCGUUUCUCCGAAGUUGUAACUUAUUUUUGUAUGUAAAGAAAAGACAUAGGGAAAGGGAGAAAUAGUGUCUUUGCUUAAUGAUAUCUCACCAAACAACAGAAAAACACAAAAUGAUCAGUUUAUAGUCAUUCAGCAAUACCAAUAUCAGUAAUCUCUGUCAGUCCUGGGUCAGUUUAUGAUAAAGGUCUUUAUAGAAGCAGAAAUUCUAUGCCAUUGCCUCUAAUAUACCACAAACGUGUUGUGAUGUAUAGCCUGAUAAUACUUUAUUUAUCAAUCGAAAGCCAAAGCACAUUGAAAUUCACCCAAUGUCAAAUCAAUGCAGGUUUUCUAUGGACACUUGUGCUUGUCCGGGCCAUUUGUACGUAUCUCUAUGGUAUUCUUAAAAACACACACACAAAAAAAAAAAAAAAAAAAAAAAAAAGCAAGAAAAAAAAAACAAAACAAGAAGAAGAACACUAAUAUGAAAUUUCAUACAUAUGAUGUUGAUCAUUUGGAGCUGUGAGUUUGAUAUGUAAAUAAAAGGGCCGGGUGGGUCGAAUGGCUCUCAAAAUACACGUUUCAUUAUUUAUUUAAUUCAUAUUUAUUUGUAUCCCGGCUUAGAAGUGUUGUUCUAGAAAUCCUUCUCAUUGUUAGCUUUUCAUCUUUGGGAAUGUGAUUCCGACACAAGCUCCCUCUGAAGUCGUGUCGAAUCGAUUUUGCUUUGUUUUUGUGCAACUAUUUAUUUGCUCAUCAGCCGAAUUGCGUGCAACCGAAGUUGUACUGUAUCUCCACUUUGCAUCUGUAUCAUGUAGACUAUAACGACCGGUAGACUGCAGCCAAACUGAACAUCUCCCUCUUUAAUCUUAUAGCUUACAAAUGUUAAAGUAGUAGGAAACCACAGUAGGAUACCUAACUCUAGACUUGCAUGUACUGUUGCUAUGCAUUUACUUAGCUUACAACUUAGACAAAGCGUUUUUUGUAUUUUUUAUACAUCAUGUACUUUUUUUACUUGUCCCUUAAUAAAAGUAAUUUUGUGAGUUUUAUGAAAGUAUG